UUUAGCAAACCCUUACCAUAGUAGCAUAACCAAAACGCAACUUUCAUCGAACAAAUUCCCUUUCCAAAAACCCUCAAUUCGAAACCCUAAUCACCGUUUCUCUCUCCUCUUCUUCAUCUUCAACAUUCGAAGCUCUUCAUCAAUGGCGUCAGGCGAGAAAAUGGUGCUUCAGUUCGGAGGUUCGACGUCUCUGAAUGUGAAAGUUCAUCCAUUAGUCAUAUUUAACAUCUGUGAUUGUUAUGUUCGACGACCCGACCAAGCUGAACGGGUCAUUGGAACUCUUCUCGGAUCUGUUUUACCUGACGGUACUGUUGAUGUUCGCAACUCUUACGCUGUUCCUCAUAAUGAAUUCUCCGAUCAGGUUGCAUUGGACAUUGAGUAUCACCACAAUAUGCUGACAUCACAUCAAAAAGUGAACCCAAAGGAAGUCAUUGUUGGAUGGUAUGUAUUCGCCGGAUUUGGUGUUACAGGAGGUUGCUCUGAUCAUGAAUUCUAUUCUAGAGAGGUUGCAAAUCGCUUCCAUCUAACAGUGGAUACUACAUUCAGAAAUGGAGAAGCAACAAUAAAAGCCUUUGUUUCUGUUAAUUUGUCUCUUGGAGACCAAUCACUUGCUGCUCAAUAAGAAAUUCCUGCACAGCUUCGGAUGUCAGAAGCGGAGAGGGUUGGAUAUGAACUUCUGAAAUCAACUAUGGCAGACAAAAUUCCGAGUGAUUUGGAAGGCAUGGAGAGCACACUUGAGAGGUUGCUGGCAUUAAUUGACGACAUUUACAAAUAUGUGGAUGAUGUGGUGGAGGGACGUGUUGCCCCUGACAACAAAAUUGGACGGUUCCUUGCUGAUGCGGUAUCUUCUCUUCCGAAGUUAUCACCUUCAGCUUUUGAUAAGCUUGUGAAUGACAGUCUACAGGACCAACUUCUAUUAGUAUAUUUAUCUAGUAUCACUAGGACGCAGCUGAGUUUAGCAGAGAAGUUGAAUACGGCUGCUCAGGUUCUGUAAGUCUAGCUUCUAGCUACACAUCCAGCCUUGUUUCUGCGCGCCGGCAAUUAGUAAGAGUGUGUAUUGAGAGUGAAAUCUUCCGAUCCUCAGAUUAAUCUGAUAAUUUUGUUGUUGGUGGAUUAAUUUGUACUGAAAGUUUUGACCGAUAGAUAAUGUAUUCCUCAGCUUAUACAAUGCUUUUAAUUCUUUCA